AUGGACGGCGCCGCUUUGGUGCCCGACGAUGUCCUUGACACGCCGCCGCCUCCGCCACCGAGACUCUUUGACCGGCUUCGACAAAUAGCUGGCUAUACAUGGGACGAAACCAAGGAUCCUCUGCAUUCGAGUUAUGAUUUUUGCUUCCUUCCAUCGGUGCAUUGCGACGCUGGAACGGUUGUGGAACUUGGCAUUGCGCUCGUCUUUGGAACUCGAUUUGUCUCCUCAACAUCGCCGCCUUCAAACUCUGGGCAGAACGAGUCCAGCCUCGGUUCAUUCACGAAGCUGCAGUCAGGUCGGCCAUCGCCUUCUGAGCCUGGCAAUCAUGUUCCGCCCUCCGAGACGCAGAGCACCGAAACCCCCCGAACGCCGCAACCACUGCGCCCGUCAACGCCGACUUCGUCAUCACAGCAGUCCGCCGAGCAGCCUCCCAUAGUUGAGGAGUCCGUUGUAGCUCGUGUCUCCCACCACAAUCUUCGAGAAGAGCGAGCAUUCCAGAUCACCAAGAAUGUUGCAGCGACAGCCGACCCGCUCGGCGACCAUAUCGCCAAACCCAUCGACCUCAUUCGGUUGAAUCCUGGCCCUGGGGAACGUACUCAUAUCACUGUCGCCAUCUACCAGUUCCCUGGUGCCAACUUCUUGGCCGAAGUUUUGGACUUUGGUCCUGCUUAUUACAGGGCGCACAAAGAAGGCGACAACUACGUGUCGUAUCGACCCACAAGAUCCAGCAAUCUGAAGCCGCCUAUAAAUCUGGAAUAUUUUCUGGACUUUGCCAUUGGGGCCGUACAGUGUUUGGAGAUAAUACAUCAUGGCCUGGGCAUGAUUCAUGGAGAGAUCCGAGGCGACGCUUUUCACUUCAACGCCGAGGAGAACAAGGUUAGGAUCGUGGCAUUCGGCUCCGGGUUACGGUCGUUUGAGCACGGAUUAACCAGUACCGGCUGGUCAACACUGUCAAAGGAGGUUGGCGCGAAGAACAAGCUUCUCUACAUUAGCCCAGAACAAACCGGUCGGAUGCCAGCAGAGCCAGAUACCCGGACUGAUAUUUACUCCCUUGGUAUUUUGAUGUGGACGCUACUGACACAACAACCUGUGUAUGCUGGGGAGACCCCCAUGGAUAUUAUUCAGGGAGUGCUUGGACGCAGGGUGCCAAAUGUGGCUACGGUGCGGAUGGAUAUCCCGGAUGUCAUUGGGCGGAUUAUUCAGAAGUGUACGGCCAAGAAUGUUGCGGAUCGUUAUCACUCGGCGAGCGGGCUUCGUCAUGAUCUUCUCAAUGUUCAGCAGUUGCUCUCAGAUGGUGAUUCAACCGCUCUUAGAGACUUGGAGAUUGGGGCCAAAGAUGUAUCGUCAUUUUUCAUCCUUCCCACAACUAUGAUUGGGCGGCAGGCAGAGCGAAAUGAACUCAUCAGAGUCAUUGAUCGAGUUUCUCGAAGCCAUGCUCUUAACGGAAACAGGGUGACAAAUCGCUUUUCAGAUGGGUCUGGCCUGGUUAACGAGCUGGUUAUUGCCGACGACAUCUCUAGUGAAGGUGGAGCAAGCUCUGGAGAUGGUACAAAUCGUCGGAGUGGCUCAUUUACUCAAGGCGCAUCUUCUGAUCACAGGUUUCCCCGGAAUAGCUUCCAUCCGACCAUCUUGUCUGACACACAGACUUUAUCAAACGAGACUGUUUCCUCAAGCCAAUCUGGCCCUAUGCAACGACCCGCAAGACCAUGGGAACGACACCACUCGAUUUCCUUGGAUACAGCGAGUGUCGCGGAGAGCACUGGUGGGGCAGAGAGCAGUCGGUUGGGCAUGACUGAGUCUAGCGGCUCAAGCUUAUCGCGACAACUGGGAGCCGCCAAAUUUAGGCGACGUGGACAAUGCGAGAUUGUUACAAUUGAAGGAGCGGGUGGACUCGGAAAGAGCUUCUUGGUCCAAAGCGUUCUGGGAGAUGCCAGGCGGCGUGGCUAUUGUGCAACGGCCAAAUUCGAUACUGCUAGAAGAACGGCAUUCGGGCCGCUCCUAAAGCUUCUCUCCUCGCUAUUCAAACAAGUAUGGGGUGAGAGAAAUACGGAAACACCCUUUCACCAGGGCCUCAAGCAGUACGUGCGACCUGUCUGGCCGAUGCUCCAUAGGGUGCUCGGCCUGCCCGAGUUUCUGCUGGGCCCUCCCGAGACGGCCAGCCCUAUGCUUCGAUCAUCGACGAGUACUUUGCAACAGGGUACUCAGCGAAAUAGCGGAAAGUUUAACACCAAACGACGCGGGUCGUCGCCAGGAAGCUCACCAGGGCCACUGAACCAAGCUGCCGCGACCGGCUCCCAAUCCUCCCAGGACUUUCUAUGCGCAGGCACGUCGACAAAGACCACCCGCCUCAUGAAUACUUGUUUGGAUAUUCUGCGAGUAUUCACCACACAUAAGUUCAUUUGUUUUUGUCUUGAUGACUUGCAUUUUGCGGACGAUGAGUCUUUGGAGCUAAUAACUCAAAUAAUUGGCGCUAAGAUGAAGAUGUUGAUUAUUAUGACGUAUAGACCCGAGGAAUUCUCUAGGGAGAAGCUUGAUCGCAUGCUAUACCCCGCUGGACUAGACGAAAACCACCGGAAUAGCCGUCCCAGAGUUACUAGAGUCAGUCUCGCGCCGUUGACGGAAGCAGAGAUACUUGAGUACGUUUCGGCUACCCUUUCCCGACCAAAGGAUGAGAUUCUGUCCCUUGCCCUCGUCAUACAAUCCAAAACUGCUGGCAAUCCCUUUUACAUGCGGGAGAUGCUCAGUGCCUGCCAUCGCAAAAAGUGCAUCUGGUAUGACUAUCGCGACAGUAUUUGGCAUUACGACCUCGACAGAUUAUUUGCGCAAUUCCAGGGCGAGAAGGACUACGACGUGCUGGACACCGGAUUCAUUACGAGAAGGUUAAACGAACUGCCAUCGGCUGCGAGGGCUGUUCUGGCGUGGGCGUCCUUGCUGGGAAACUCGUUUUCUUUCGAAAUUAUAAGUCGAUUGAUGAAGGGCGAGUUUGACUACAAGCAAGACGACAUUCCGAAUUGCUGCCCGGCUCUCUCGAAGCGGUCAUACACUGAGGCGGAGGCCGUUGCUGGUCUUCAAGCAGCCAUUCAAGCCUACAUUAUUGUGCCGAGCGAGAUUGACGACCGCUUUCGUUUUGCGCACGAUCGAUAUGUCAAUGCCGCGGCUGCCCUAAAGGAAUGUAAUUCUCGUCGAAUGCACUUCAUCAUCUCCCGAACACUACUCAAAUACUACGCGGUAGAAGCCAGACAAAGGGAUAGCACGGCAUCACACAUUUGUGAGGCUGCUUCCAUUAUCAAGAUGCGUGUUCCUGUGCGACAAGAAUUUCGCAAGCUGCUCAUCGACUGUGCACAAUCUGCAACGGAGAAUGGAGCUAGACCAACUGCUGCCAAAUACUACGGUGCAGCCAUCCAUUUAUUACAGGAAGAUCCCUGGUCGGAUGAAACGGACGACGUGUCGUACGAGGAGACCAUGCAGCUUUACUUGCGUGCCGCCGAAUGUCACUUAUUUAUGGGACAGCUUUCGUUAGCGAAUGAUUUACUCUCGACCCUUUUCGCGAAUGCGAAAUCAGCUAUUGAUAAAGCCCCAGCGUAUGUGCUGCAGUCACGGAUAUUUGCACAAAACGGCAACGCACUUGCUGCAUUUAUUUCCCUGAAGGAAUGCUUGGCGGCCUUGGGAGUGCCUCUAGAAGAUGAACCUACGUAUGAAAAGUGUGACAAAAAGUUUCACAAGUUGGCGAAACAGGUCCAGGGGAUGGAUCGACAGGCCCUCCUUAGUCCCAAGCAGAAGACCGCCCCAGUUACUGCUUCAAUUGGAGCAGUGCUCUCUGAGACAGCCUCUGCGGCGUGGUGGAGUGACUGUCUACAGUUUUACCACCUGACUUUGGUCAUGCUGGAGAUGCACCUCACUAGGGGAGCCUUCCCGCAAUCGGGCAUGGCUUUUCUUCAGAUUGGAAUCGUUGGCCUCGCUCGGUUUAACAUGACACAGUUUGCCGUUGACAUGGGCGCCAUCUGCCAGGACCUCCUCUACUCUGCACGGGACGCGUUCUCCAUGGGACGCGGCCAAAUGUUGCAUUUCUGCUUUAUUGGGCAUGUUCAGUAUUCAAUGUCUCUUUCCAUCUCUCAGAUGGAGGAUGCCAUUGAGCUAGCGUCGGUUGGCGGAGAUCGACUUUCGACAAUCCUCAGCUACGGACUUUCCGCCCAAACAAAGUUCUUUGCCAGCGAAAAUCUCUCAGACUUGGAGUCCUUUUGCCAAUACGGCUGCGAGGACAUUGUCAAUUGGUCUUUUGAUACCCGUGGUGGAUCACUGCUCGUAGGCAUCAGGCAGAUAUGUCGGGCCCUGCAAGGAAAGACCUUUACCCAUGAUCCGUUAGGGGUGAUGAGCGAUGAACAGCAUGACUCUGUCGUGUAUAAGAAUUGGCUCACGAGUCAAACACAGGAUAGUAAUCGGUCGUCUCUGUUCUACGAAAGUCUCGAACUAUGCGCCUUGUUUCUCUAUGGCCACUACGAACGCGCCAUUGACAUUGGAAAACGAUGUGUGGAGAAACUUCCAAUGCUGUGGUCAGCGCGGAACAGCAGGUUGAUUCUACUCUUUUACGGACUGGCACGAGCAGGUCAGCUGUUACGACUCAUGCAGGAUCCUCGUUCACAGACGGAGGACUUUACUACAAUGACGCAAGAGAUUGUUAAUGAGCUGGCUGGCUUUGUGAAAAUGAUGGAGGAUUGGUCUGUUGUGUCCGACGUCAACUACCGAUCGUGGUCCAGAUUACUGAAUGCCCAAGUCGCAGAGCUGUCUCAUGAUCAUGGCCAGGCCAUUCAGCACUAUGAGGAGGCAUUGGACCAUGCUGCUGAGCACGAUUUCAUAUUUGAGGAGGCCCUCGGUAACUACAUAAUGGCUGGUUUCUUUAUCAGACGGCGAGCAAGACGCUCCGCUAGAGCUGUACUCCAGGAUGCGGUUGGCUUGUAUCGACAAAUAGCUGCAACUGGCGUCGCAUCUGCCAUUGAAGAGGAACAUAGCCUUCUGCUCCACGGGCCAACUCGUAAUCACAGAACCGCUGAAGUUGGCAUCCAGACAGACUUUGUGGCAGAUCCACCGCCAGCUCAAUACCGCCCUGUCGAUGGCGUGGACGGGGAUGAACUCACACAAGUUCCUUCCAAUGCCAUAUCGGAGUUUAGAGGAGAACGUAUCGGCGCCUGGCGUGGAUCUAUGCGUAUGCCCACUGAAGACGGCGCUGGACUCCCUGCUUUGGACAUGAUUGAUUUGCACGCAAUUUUGGUAUCCUCCCAGGUUAUCUCGUCAGUGCUACAGGUCAACGAGCUGCUCAAGACAAUGUGCGAUGUUAUCCUGCAAACAUGCGGCGGAUCUGCCACACGGGCUGCCAUUGUCAUUCAGGACGAUUCGGAGGCUUGGUGCGUGGCAGCUAGCGGAGAUCCUGAGAGGGGAGCUUCUGCACACGAGCCUGGCUUGCCACUUUCCGGUUCGACACUUAUUGCUGAAAAUGUUGUCCUGUACUGCACGCGUUUCAGGGAGACUGUUUUUAUUCCAGAUCUCUUCGCAGACGAACGGUUUGGCAAUGCGAACGAUGCGUGGCUGCAGCGAUACCCUGGAAACAAGGCGAUUAUUUCGAUUCCAAUCUUGCAUGGAACGAAACCCCUCCUUGGUGUUUUAUAUCUCGAAGGCGAACCGGGAUCUUUCACGGACCGGAAUGUGACUGUCCUACAGCUCCUGGUCAACCAAAUCGGCAUCAGUUACUCCAACGCCCUGGCAAUGAAGAAUGUCGAGAAGAUCUCUGCCGAAAACCGCGGGAUGUUGUCAGUUCAGAAGCAUGCACUAUCCAAGGCCCUCGAAGCCGAGACCAAGGCAAAGCAUGCCGAAACAGAGGCUAAGCGAAACGUGAAGCUGGCUGAAGAAGCUGCCAAAGCGAAGGCUAUUUUCCUUGCUAACGUCUCCCAUGAGUUGCGGACGCCCCUGAACGGCGUCAUUGGCAACUCAGAGCUGCUUCGGGAUAGUGCCUUAGACAGGGAACAGCUCGAAAUGGCUGAUUCUAUUCGAGUUUCUGCCGACUUGUUGCUGACAGUCAUUAAUGACAUUUUGGACUUUUCCAAGAUGGAGGCAGACAAGAUGAAGCUGUACAUUAUUGCGUUCAAUCCCGAGGAAAUGGUUCGAGAGGUUGUUCGAGCAGUCUCCUAUAGUAAUCGGGAGAAGACCUCCAAGAAGAAUGUCAAGAUUAUACAGGACAUCAAUCUCCCGUCCAUGCUUAUCUACGGAGAUCCUAUUCGAUUGCAUCAAGUCCUGGGGAACCUCAUCGGAAACAGUCUCAAGUUUACAGAAGACGGCUCUGUCACGAUAGGGGCACGACUGGAUUCCGAAACCAGGGACAGCGCAACACUCACAUUCUGGGUUCGGGACACUGGAAUUGGCAUUCCUGCACAGCAACUCGCGAAACUCUUCCAGCCAUUUAGCCAAGCAGAUGCGAGCACUGCACGCAAGUAUGGUGGAAGUGGGCUGGGUCUGAGCAUCUGCAAAUCCUUGAUCGAAAUCAUGAUGAAGGGCAAGAUCCAGCUGGAGAGCGAGGAGAGCGAAGGUACAACCGCCUGGUUUACGGUUACUUUUGAAAAGGCCAAGGCGGAUGUAUCGGCUGGGGAUGCGCUCGGCAAGGCAUCGCCACCGAUUGAUAGAUACUCGUUGAUGACUUCCCCCUUUGACCGGGCUGUUUCGCCAAAUCCAUUCAUGGAUCUGUCGCAGGUGUCCAAGGAAGACGUCCGCAUCUGUGUGGCAGAGGACAACCCCAUCAAUCAAAAGAUUGCCAUUCAGUACGCACACAGACUAGGCUAUCCGAACGUCGUUGCCUAUGAGAAUGGGCUCAAGGCCCUUGAAGGAUUGCGAAAGAAGGCAGCAGAUGGGGAGCCGUAUCACAUUGUGCUCAUGGACGUUCAAAUGCCUGUGUUGGACGGUUACGAAGCGACGAAACUCAUCAGAAAAGAUUCCAUGGAGGCUGUUCGCAAGGUUCUCGUGAUUGCCAUGACGGCAUCAGCAAUUCAAGGAGAUAGGGAGAAGUGCCUGGCGGCUGGGAUGAAUGAUUACCUCGCCAAGCCGGUCCGGUCGGAAGUGUUGAAAAAGAAACUGGAUGCUUAUGUCAACGUUUCGACCGGCGGUGCUGAUACCGUACAAUCACCAAUUAGCCCCAUUUCUCCCACAACCCCCAACGACUUGGAAACCAACGGACCAAGCCUGGCAUCGAUUGCAUCCAGGGACAGGAUCUACAAGGACACCAGAGCCACCAGCAACACCAUCAUUGAUCCAAUGCAAGAAGACGCCGUGUACAACAUGCCCCUGGACUCGACCAGCCUCCAAGCAGCCGAAAGUCCUGUGCUCAGCGCAAACCACGUCGGUCAGGCAACGUUGCCAGUGCAGAUACCGGACCUUACGCGCAACUCUACCAACCACUCUGACAGUCAAGCUUCCAGCGAGGCACUUACCCCGGAUGCAGUACCGACAACAGACCCUACCGCUUCACAAACCAAGAGACAGCCUCGAAAAUUGACCAAAGCAAGGGGUAACAGCGAUGCACUUGCGGAUCAUGAGAGAGCUGUCGAGAAGGACAAGGAGAAGCAGCACAAAGGAGUGCUAACCAAGAAGCAUCCCCACGUAUCUGAUGAUAAGGAUGACUAG